AUGAAUCCUAUAACAAACAUCAAGAAUCAAAAUGCUCUGAAUGAACGAGAACUCGCCAUGGGUUACGCCGGAGAUGUCAACAAAUCUUGGCAUCAAAAAUACAAAGAUUCCGCAUGGGUCUACAUUGGCGGUUUAAGUUACGAUCUGACUGAAGGAGAUGUCAUAACAGUUUUUUCACAGUAAGUUCCCUUAAUUGUUCUUCAAUCAAUCAUUAUUCAAGGUAUGGUGAAGUAAUGAAUAUAAACUUGAUACGCGAUAGAAAAACAGGAAAAUCGAAAGGGUUUUGUUUCUUGUGCUAUCAAGACCAGCGUAGCACAAUUCUGGCAGUUGACAACUUCAAUGGAGCCACGGUUCGUAUCAAUAGGCUAUUCUUUCCCAUUGAAAUUUUCAGAUAGCUAAAAGAAUGAUCCGAGUAGACCACGUUGACGAGUAUAAAGUUCCGAAAUAUAAGGAAGAUGCGGACGAAGAAACAAAGCGGUUGUGGGAAGAAGGCUGUGCUCCGAAACCUAUCAAAAGAUAUGUCGGUAGGUUGAACAGCACAAUAUCUUUUGGUCAUUUUUACAUCGGAAAAAUUACAGCGCCCGUUGAGGAACAAGAGGCUAGGAUUAAGAAAGAAAGCGAGAAAAUUGCACCUUUAGUGGUUAGUUUCUUGCUUUUUCUAUAUAGCUUUCAAAUGUACUUUUUCAGGACCUUGACCCCUUACUUCUCAAAAAAAUGAAAAAAGACAAGAAAAAGGCGAAAAAAGAGAAAAAAAAAGAGAAGAAACGCGAAAAGAAAAUGAAGAAACUGUUGAAGAAGGCGCAGGAAGAUCCAGAAGGCGACUGGAAAGAACAAGCCAAGCUUUACGACACCAAAAUCAAAGCGAGGAAUUACUUUGAAAAAAGUUGUGAAAAGUCUGAUUUUCAGGACGAAGAUAUGUACGGGGUCAAUGAGCACUUCAACUUCGGCAAGAAGAUCGAAUCCAAGGAAAAUCCCUUCAACCAACGUCCAGACUUCGAGAAAGUUUGUAGUUUUUACAAAUAUUUGUACGGAUUGACCAUGGUUGACCUUAUUAAACAACUUAGGCCGAUUACCGAACAAUCGCUAUUUGGCAAGAGGUUCGAAACAGAGAGAAGGCGGAAAAAGCAGCACGUGGAGAGACGACCGAGGCUUGGGGACCCGAAGAACACUACGUAUCGUCGAGGUACAGGAAAUGA